ACCCCUCGGAGGCCUCAGUACCAAAACCUCUCAGAUCCACAAAACCGAACCAGAGACAAAGCUCUAGCUAAAGCUGUACAGAGCGCAACUCAAUCUCCGUUACGUCUAACAGAUUCCGGCUCUGUUUCUCUCUCCGAGAGAGGAUCCAAAAAAACCCUAAUUUUGCAAUGGUAAUGGAACUGGAGAAUGGAGACGACGUCCUCCCCACAUUGGCCUCACCGACGUCGGCCAUGGCCGGUCUUCUCCCUCUUGCCUCCGUCUCUCAACAGCCUUAUGUCUCCGAGCUCCUCUCUUUCACUCUCGAUCGGCUCCAUAAGGAGCCUGAGCUUCUUCGAGUUGAUGCGGAGAGGCUUCAGAGGCAAAUGCAAGAAGUGGCGGUUGGUAAUUACCGCGCUUUCAUUGCUGCCUCCGAUGCGUUGGUUGCGAUCAAAGAGGAAGUUACUUCUAUCGAUAAGCAUCUUGAAUCUCUGAUAACUGAGAUCCCAAACCUGACAUCUGGUUGCACAGAGUUCAUUGAAUCUGCAGAACAGAUUUUGGAGAAAAGGAAGAUGAACCAGACUCUGCUAGCAAAUCACAGUACCUUGCUUGACUUGCUUGAGAUUCCUCAGCUUAUGGACACAUGUGUAAGGAAUGGAAAUUAUGAUGAAGCUCUUGAUUUAGAAGCAUUUGUUUGCAAACUAUCAACCAUGCACCCGAAAUUACCUGUUAUUCAAGCAUUGGCUGCAGAAGUCAGGCAGACAACCCAAUCUCUUCUCUCUCAGCUUCUCCAGAAGCUUCGUUCUAAUAUUCAGUUACCAGAGUGCCUUCGGAUUAUUGGAUAUUUACGCCGAAUAGGAGUGUUUAGUGAGUAUGAAAUGCGAUUGCAGUUUUUGAGAUGCCGAGAAUCAUGGCUCACUGGAAUUCUUGAGGAUUUGGAUCAGAGAAAUGCUUAUGAGUAUCUAAAAGGGAUGAUAAGCUGUCAUAGAAUGCAUCUUUUCGAUGUUGUUAACCAAUAUCGGGCAAUAUUUGCUGAUGAUACUUCUGGCUGUGAACAAAAUUAUGAUGGUGGACUUCUUUUUAGUUGGGCUAUGCAUCAGAUUACUUCACACCUUAAAACUCUUAAAGUCAUGCUUCCAAAGAUAACAGAAGGUGGAUCGCUGUCAAAUAUUCUGGAUCAGAGCAUGCUUUUCAAUUUUCAUGAUGUUCGGUAA